CAGACGUGAAUACUUGUGUGAGGAGAACAUGUGAACACGUUGACAUGUCAGACGUGAACACACGUCUCUCUAAAUAACAGUGCGAGGUUAUCAGAUAACAGCUGACUUUUUAAACUCAGUUUUCUUUUUUUUUUUCUUUUUUUAAAAAAGGAGAAACUCAGCAGCCAUGUCCGGAGCGUUAGCACGGCUGCUCUUUUACCCGACGUUAGCUUACAACGUUGUCAUGGAGAAAUUGUCCUCGCGACGGUGGUUUGACCGAGUGGACGACACCGUGAUCGUGGGAGCUCUGCCGUUCAGAUCCAUGACCAAACAGCUGGUAGAGACAGAAAAUGUCCGAGGUGUCGUCACCAUGAAUGAAAUGUAUGAGACAAAAUACUUCUGCAACUCAGCUGAGGAGUGGCAGGCUGCAGGAGUGGAGCAGCUGAGGUUGAGCACUGUCGAUCUCACAGGCGUUCCCAGUCUGGAGAACCUGCACCGAGGUGUGGAGUUUGCCCUGCUGCACCGAGAGCAGGGGAGCAGCGUGUACGUCCACUGCAAGGCCGGACGCUCUCGCAGCGCUACACUGGUUGCUGCAUACCUCAUCAGGUUACACUGCUGGACUCCUGAGGAGGCCUGUCAGAAGCUGGCGUCCGUCCGACCACAUAUCCUGGUGCGCUCGGCUCAGCUGGAGAUGCUGAGGAGAUACUACCAGCAGGUGUGCGAGACGUCCAGCUGAGAGCAGAGCCGAGCGUCCGACAUUAUUAUGUUCACACGGCAGCUGAAAGAGUGGACUCAGAGCCUGCAUUCACGGAAACAAAUCCUCCAUAUGAUCACAUUUACCUGCUGAGGAAGAGUCAAAAACCUGCAGUUUUCCCUCAGCAUGAUGAAAUCAGAAUCUCAUGACUUUAACUGGAAGGUGAUAAACGGGUUUGAAGCAUGUCAGCUAAAAAGGGAAGCAUGUUGUACUGGUAAUAUCCUAAGGGAUUUAUUUUCUCAUUGUAUAAAACUGACCUCUCUCCUUUAACUAACGGAUUGCUGCAUGUUGUUGGAACAUGUUUACAUGAGAUCUUAAAUUCAGAAAGUCCACAGUUAUAUUCAAGGUAUAGAAACUUGUUAAAAGCUUUGAAUCUUAUGAGUGUUACCCAGCAGUCACCCUGUUUGCCUUGCAAAAAUUUUUGUUGUAUUUGUGAGGAAAUAAUAAACACUCAGUGUAUGCGGGUAAAUGAAUGCUGGUUGGAUUUGGUCUUUGGUUGUGUCAGAUAAAAAUGUCGAUGUUCAUAUUCUUGCUGUGAGGUGGUUCCUGUUAAUAAAGGUUUUAUUUUUGAAGCUCAGCUAUUCAUGGUGCCUCUUGAAGUUGAAAACACAGUGUUUAAAAUAAAAUAUUUGUGGAAAAACAGUGAA